GUGUCAUCUCAGUUUAGCAGCCACAGUAUUUCAUUUGUAUAGUGAUUUGAUUUCUGAAUUACUAAAGCAGUAUAAUAUAAUUUUCAUACAUUAUGACUGCAGUCUUUCCUUUUCCCCACAGGAUGAAAGGAAUCAGAUGUUGACAGCGUACCUGUGGAUACGGCAGACCUGGUAUGAUGCCCAUCUCAAAUGGGACAAAGAUGAAUAUGAUGGCCUUGAUAGUAUCUGGAUCCCCAGCAAUCUGGUAUGGAGACCUGACAUUGUCCUGUACAACAAGGCAGACGACGAGUUCUCAGGACCAGUGGACACCAAUGUUGUUUUGAGGUACGAUGGUCAAAUAACUUGGGAUUCCCCAGCGAUAACAAAGAGCUCCUGUGUUGUAGACGUGUCCUACUUCCCUUUUGACGAUCAGCAGUGCAACCUUACCUUUGGCUCCUGGGGGUACAAUGGUAAUCAGAUCGAUAUCGACAUGGGAAUGGACAGCGGGGAUCUGUCGGACUUUGUGGAGAAUGUGGAGUGGGAAGUCCACGGCAUGCCGGCUGCUAAGAACGUCAUCACAUACGGCUGCUGUUCAGAUCCAUACCCAGACAUCACUUACACAUUGCUUCUCAAGCGGAGAUCAUCAUUUUACAUUUUUAACCUCCUUAUUCCAUGUGUAAUGAUAUCUUUCCUGGCCCCUCUGGGUUUCUUCCUGCCUGCAGACUCAGGAGAGAAGGUUUCUCUGGGAGUGACUGUCCUUCUCGCCCUCACUGUGUUUCAACUGAUGGUUGCUGAAAGCAUGCCACCUUCUGAGAGUGUGCCCUUAAUAGGUAAAUAUUACAUAGCAACAAUGACAAUGAUUACAGCUUCCACUGCACUGACCAUUUUUAUCAUGAAUAUCCACCACUGUGGAGCAGAAGCAAAACCAGUACCGGACUGGGCAAAAGUGUUCAUACUUGACUACAUGUCCAAAAUAUUCUUUGUCUACGAAGUGGGUGAGAACUGCACAACAUCUCAGAAGGAAAAAAAUAAAGAGGUCAAGCUACAGAUGGAGGAAACUGUUAAUGGAAAAUGUAAGAAAAGGCAAAAUGCAAAAGUACAGGCUGAAGCAUCCAAGUGUAAUAACAGGUACAACAUGUCUGAUGUGGAAGAAAAUCCAAAUGGGUGUUUGAAAGAGGAACUUUGCCCUGAGAAAAUGAACAUGUAUGUGUGUACCUGUGCCCAUCACGAUAAAAUUGCAAAGAAUAUUGCAUAUAUUGCCAACUGCUUUAGGGAGCAGAAAGCAACUUGUGCAAAAGGAGCCGAGUGGAAGAAAGUGGCCAAAGUUACGGACAGGUUCUUCAUGUGGGUUUUCUUCAUCAUGGUGUUCCUCAUGAGCAUUUCCAUUACACGAUAGGCAGCCUUAUUACAGAGAAUGUACUGCCACAUGCACGCCACUAGAACAUCCCUAGUACAGUGUUUGUUGUUACCUUUGAAAAGAUGCUAUUUAAUGCUGCAAUUUAUCUAUAUGAUACACCAUCAACACCAUAUACUAUAUGAUACACCAUUAAAACAAAGCGCUAAUAACUGAAUAUGCAAUCGUGAAACCAGACAAUAGUACCAACAUCAUAUAAUAAUAAUAAUAAUAAUAAUAAUAAUAAUCAUCCUACAGUACUAUGCCUAUUAUAUAUAAAAAAAAAACAAAACAAGAGGACAAUUAUGAUUAAAAAUAAAUAAAUAAAUAAAUAAAUAAAUCA